AUGAACGACAACAAAGGCGGUAUUGUAAGUAGCGCCUCCACCAGGCCAGUCGGGGUGCGAGAAGUCUCGCCGGCUGGACAAGAUCCGGCCGCGGCCUACGAUGUAUAUCGGGGCCGCAGCCCAGGGGCCAUACACGGACUACCAGAGCAAAUUGUGGCCGAUAAUGGACCACAACUCGUAGCUAAAGAUUUCCGGGAUUACUGUCGGAGGAGGAAUGUCGAAUUGAUAUUCAUUCCACCUUACCACCACAAUUUAAAU